GGCAUCACACUUCCGACUCGAGAUCCCGGCCUUUAAAAGCUACCCCUUAUCUAUUUAACAGACAAAGAGCAGUCACAGAUUUUAAAGGAAGAAGGUGUCUGAGACAAUGUUUCCAAUACUCGCAGUCUUCCUCUUCCUUUGUACAACGGCCAGCAGAGCCGGGGAUCCAUGCCCUCCAAAAUCAGAAUUAGGGACCUGCACUUGCAACCAUGUCCAAAUUCCCACUGGUAUUGCUACAACACUUCCUCCGAUUCCGCUUAAAAAUAGCACCAUCCAACCUGAAGUGGACCGGGACUUGGCUUUCAUGACACCAGCCCACAGACCAACUGUCGAAGACAACAAAAAUUGUUCCACGUACACAGAGGUCAUCUGCAAGGGCAGCAAAACUAUCACUUCACUUGAGGAGACGAUAAAAUUCGCCUUGCAUAGGAAACUGAUUGACAAGCUAGUUGUUUCAAAUGUACCCGCCCUCAAAGAGCACACCCUAGUCAGGCUACCUGCUCGGUGGUUGCUGAAUGCUCGAAUAAGGCAAUUUGAGAUUCGAGAUACUAUCCUCUCCGGGGAUUUCGUGUGGUAUGGUAGCCCCUUUGAUGGUCAGGCCGACACUCUACUCUGGUUGAGCAUUUACCGCUGUUCGCUGUACGGGUCCUUGUCUUUUGAAGAUCCGGGCACUGUUCACACCAAGGGCCUCCAUCUGCUGCCUCAUUUGGAAGGAGUGGAUCUCUCCCUCAACCACCUGACCAUUAUCAGGGGGUCGGCUUUCCGCACACCACCUGUCAAUCUCUCUACCAUUCUACUGUCUCGCAACAGCCUGCAAACGAUAGAAGCCAGUAGUUUUCAGUAUGUGGUCUAUCUCAGAUGCAUAGAUCUGUCCCAUAAUCUUUUGGAGGCUGUAACAAGGAACAUUUUCGCUUCUCCAGCGAGGUUUCUAGAAAAGAUAGAUCUCAGCUGGAAUUUCUUGAAAAAUUUACCACAGGACUUUUUCGUUAACAUGCCUUCUCUAAAGAUUGUAGACUUAUCCAAGAACUUCCUGCAUACCAUGCCCGAUAAGCCUUGGGCCGCAGUUUGGAAGCAACUGACAUUCCUCGAUGUCACAGGCAAUUUCAUCGACUGCGAUUGUAACCUUUUGUGGCUGCUAUCCAUUCUUUCUCCCGCCGACAAGAACGCCACCACUACCCCGGCUCCUACGACCCUCCCCGGGCAGAUUAUCCGGGGCAGCUGCUUCCAGAAUUCCCAGAUGCCCGGAUAUUACUCCGCUGAUAACGACCUCAUUCGCCUGACAAGAGGCCAGUUGAUGUGCGACUAAGAUUUCGAAGAAUUAUUCUGGAUGGAAUAUCAUCGUUGCAUAUAUAUAUAUAUAUAUAUAUAUAUAUAUAUUUACAUUUCGUUAAUGUUUUGCAAGAGAACAAUUAAAAAAAACAACUGUUCAUUAAAUAUGUAGAAAAUGAAUUGUAUAUCGGCGUAUUUAUGCAAUAGAAAAAAACAAAAACACGAAACAUAUUUAAAGCUAUUGUUGUUUUCAUGAAACAUGGUAAAAAUAAUUCUAGCGUUAAAAUGUUCCAAAAAUAUUUGUAGCAUUAUAAAUUGUUUGUUCAUCAACGGAUUUAAAUUUUAUAUAGCAAAUAUACAACUAGGUAUAAUUUAUAAUAAUGAAUCGAAAAUUCACAAAAAUGAUAACUUCCAGUUCAUACAAUUGUACACU